AUGAUAACACUCUCCAUCCAUGUGACGCCUCCCCAACCAGCCAAUCAGGGUGAACCGAGGGAUGACCCCCACCCCGGCUCCCUGACCCAGGCCCCAGCAGCAGGGAGAAAUCUGGAAGGAAUUUUCAGUGGUUGGUGUAUUUCUUACUGCCGGAGUUUCAAUGUGGGGACCACAGGCGCCAAAGUGUUCUCUGGGCCAGCAUCAGAGGAGUUUGGGCACAGUGUUCAGCAGUUCACCAGUGACCAGGGCAAAUGGUUGCUGGUGGGGUCUCCCUGGAGUGGAAGUCCCGGGAGCAGGAAAGGGGACGUACACAUGUGUGAGCUCACAGGCCAAGGAUCCAGCUGUGAGCAGCUGAAUCUUCAUAAUGCAGCCACCAUACCAGGUGUGGAAAGCAUUAACGCUAACAUGAGUUUGGGCUUGAUGCUAACACGCCACACAGACAAGGCUUUCAUGGCCUGUGGGCCACUCUGGGCUCGCAAGUGUGGCAAUCACUUCUUCUACCCCGGACUGUGUGUGGAGGUCAGCCCUCGACUCAGCUCGCUGAGACCAUUCUCCCCCGUCCGCCUGAAUUGCGGUCCAGUGGAUGUGGUGGUUGUCCUGGAUGGUUCAGAUAGCAUCUACCCCUGGCCACCAGUCAUUGCUUUCCUCAAGAAACUUCUAGAAAACCUGGACAUAGGACCCGAUAAAACUCAGGUCAGCGUCCUGCAGUAUUCCGUGGGCUCGUCCUUUGAGUUCCGGUUUAACUCCUACAGGGAUAAAGAGUCCACGCUGGCUGCAGUGUCUCACAUGGAACAGAAACGAGGAGACGAGACAAACACCUUUUCAGCCAUACAGUUUGUCAGCGAAUAUGCUUUCCACCCUCAGAAUGGAGGCCGUCCUGGUGCCACUAAAGUGAUGGUGGUGGUGUCCGAUGGAGAGUCUAAUGACAAAGCGAAGCGAAACCAUGUCAUUGAAGCUUGUGAACUACAAGGGAUCACCCGUUUCAGCAUCGCUGUCCUGGGCUACUACAGCAGAAACAACAUAGACCCCGGGACUCUGAUCGAGGAGAUGGAGUCCAUAGCCAGCAGCCCCACGCAGCGCCACUACUUCCACGUGGCCCAGGAAGAAGCCCUGCUGGAGAUGGCCGGCACCCUGGGGGAUCGCAUCUUCAAUAUCGAGGGGGCUGGUAAAGGUGAAGAUUUCCAGAUGGAGUUUGCCCAGGUUGGAUUCAGCGCUCAUAAGUCCAGCAAAGAGGACUUGAUGCUGCUGGGAGCAGUGGGAGCGUAUGGCUGGAGUGGCACAGUAGUCCACCAGAUGGGCCAGAGUGCACACAUCUUACCAGAGGAAGCCUUCCACAGGAUACUGGGCAACAAGAACCACAGCGCUUACCUUGGCUACGCAGUGACGUCUGUGAGGCAGGACAGUACUGAGUACUUCGUAGCCGGGGCACCCAGAGCCAACCACAGUGGCCUUGUAGUGGUCUAUAGUAUGGACAGCAGCAUGCACGCCUCCAUCCUAGACACACAGAGGGGCACUCAGAUCGGCUCCUACUUCGGCAGUGUGCUGUGUCCUGUGGAUGUGAACAGGGACGGUGUGACUGACGUGUUGCUGGUUGGAGCUCCCAUGUUCAUGAGCGCAGAGAAGAAGGAGACGGGGAGGGUUCACCUGUUCUCCAUCACACAUGGUCUGCUCCAUGAGCAGGGUCACCUGGUGGGUCCUUCAGGUGUGGAGAACGCCCGUUUUGGCGUGGCCAUCUCCGCCGUGCCUGACCUCAACCUGGACGGCUUCAGCGACGUGGUGGUCGGCGCACCCCUGGAAGAUAGCGGCCGAGGAGCUGUCUACGUCUUCUCUGGAGACGACACCACCGUGCGACUCAGACACUCACAGAGAAUUUUGGGAUCGGAGGUGGACCCUGGGCUGCAAUACUUUGGACGGUCUCUAGAUGGCAGCGGUGACCUGAACAGAGACUCCAUCCCAGACGUAUCAGUGGGGGCUUAUGGGAAGGUGGUCCAGCUUUGGUCGAGGGGCGUGUGUGUGGUGGCUGCGGAGGUGUCCUGUGUGCCUGAGCGUAUCAGCAUCCUCAAUAGGACGUGUCCUCUGCGAGGGCGCCUGGCGUCCUGCUUCAGCGCUCGCGUAUGCUUCACAGCCCAAUUCAGGCCCAGGGCCCUAGCAGGGCCAGCGGCCGUAACGUACACCAUCGUGCUGGAUGCCGAUCUGCAGUCGCCCAGAGCCAGCUCCAGGGGCCUCUUUUAUAACGGAGAGCGAACGCUGCAGAAAAACAUCAGCGUACGCACAGAGCCAGCAUGUGAGGAGCACACUGUAUACAUGCAGAACUCUUCCGACUGGGCGACUAUGUUUGCUUUACGAGUGGACAUUGCCCUGCAGGAGACAGACUCCAGGGCAGUUUUAGAUGUAUUCGCUUCAACUGCAUGGGACUUCUUCAUCCCAUUUUCUAAAGACUGCGGCCUUGAUGGUAUUUGUGUGAGUGACUUGCAGUUAAGGGUGAGGAGAAGUGGAAAGCAGCAACGCUCCUCUCCUAUGUUGGUGAGCCAUGAGUACAGAAGACUGUCCUUCACCGUGUCAGUGUCCAAUAAGGGACAGAAUGCCUACGGUGCCAGAGUUCUAGUCACAUACUCCAAGAACCUCUUUUACGCCUCUCUCUCACAGCCGAAUAGAACCUCUGAGGUUGAAUGCACAUUGUCAGGAGAGUCCAAAACCCUGUUGUGCCAAGUAGGCUUUCCAGCCCUCCGAACAGACCAAACAGUGACCUUCAAGUUAGUUUUCGACUUCAAUACUGAUCAACCAGAGAAAGAGGUUCUGGUCAUCUUUGAAGUCCAAAGUGAGAGUGCAGAGGAGAACCCAAUGGACAACAAGGCAACACAAAGAAUUCCUGUGCUCUACGACACAGGCAUAAUUUUAACCAGUGAAGCGGACAUGUCAUUUUACAUGGUUGAAAAUGAAUACACAACAAAGAGUAAAAUAAAAACUUAUGAAGACAUUGGCAAAGAAUUCAACUUCACCUACAAGGUUUCCACAGGAAGCUUCCCCGUCGGCCGGGUACAUUUGACCAUCUCUCUGCCAGUCAGAACCUUCUCAGGAAACCCUCUUCUGCACAUGACUGGGGUGACAACACAGCCUCCAGGUGAUGUGAGCUGUGAGGAGAACGUGGUGAUGCGCAAACUGAAUGUGGGAAAGAAUCUCCAGUCACCGACUUUCAUCAAAGAGUCCUUCAAAGACAUUCCUACUCUGGACUGCAACACGUCGGAAUGCCAGUCACUCACGUGUGUUCUCAGAAAUGUGUCGACAAAGAGCCACUACUCUGUAAAUGUCACCACACGGAUCUGGAACAGCACCUUUGCUUUAGCGUCAUUCAAGGCCGUGUCUGUGAGUGUGUCGGCGCAUAUAGAGAGUGACAAGCCAGACCUGCUCCUGAUUACAGACCCGCGCCAUGAGGUGACGGUGACAGUCUUCAAGUCUGGCAGGAAGGCGGGCGUCCCGUUCUUUGUCAUCGUGGGAAGUGUCCUCGGCGGCCUGCUUCUUCUGGCCAUUGUCACUUCGACAAUGUGGACGCUUGGCUUCUUCAAGAGGAAGCAGCCGAAGACGACAGUCGGGACGAGGGGAGAGAGGGAGAAUGAGACAAACUGACGCGUCACACGGAACGAGGGGAGAGUGGGAGAAUGAGACGAAGUGACGCGACACACAAGGAGAACAUGCCAGGGGUUUCCGGGAACGGGUGAAGAGGAGUUCAAGACUGUCUGACGCACCACACCCUGACGUGCCAGAAUAAUGGGAGAUGGAAGAAGGGGCUUCUGUAGGAGCAAUGUCGCCAAGCCAAGUGACAACCGUACAAUACAUUUAUUUCUUUAGUACUAUAAAGGCAAACUGAGUGGUUAAACUCUUGUAAAGCUAAUGCCUCUUUUCCACUGCCGGUUUUCUGGUAGGCCUACAGCUCGACCAAGCACGGCUUGGCCGUCACUUUUUGCUUUUCGAAUAAGCACGACAUAGCUCAAUCAUUGUUGCGAGUUGCGCUGUAGGCCUACCAGAAAACCAGCAGUGGAAAAGAGGCAAUAGUGUAUCAUGACGUGGAACAUGGAAAGGGUUGGGAAUCCAUUCUGUCUGUGGAACACUGUAAUUAAAAUAGUCAUUUACCAGCAUAGGAAUGCCAUAGCUAUUACUUUACUCAGGCCUUUUAGUAAUUCGGUAGGCCAUGACUUCAUUGCCAUUCCAAUGACAGCAAAUUUAUAACUGGGGGGG